AUGAGUGGACGGUUAUCAGAGACGGCGCUUGUAAUUAAGCUGCCUGAUAUGGGAUCUAGCGAUAUACAAGUAUCAAUGAAUAGAGAGAGUACUAUUUUAGAAAUUAAGCGAAAAAUUAAAGAAAAAACAAAAAUUCCAACAUAUCAACAAAUUCUGCUUUGCAAUGGAACAGAACUACGUGACACCGACAAAAUCUUCCCAAAUUACAUGAACAAAUCUUUAGAUUGUAAAUUUAUAGGAAUACAACGUAAAACUAAAAAAUCGCCAAUUUAUAUUAAAAUAAAUGAUACGGGAGAAGGGCCUUAUAUUGUUAAAGCGUUUAAAAUAGUAGAUAUAGGCUAUUUAGUAAAUUCUUGCGGGAAUAUCAUUAUUUCAGACUUUUCUAGAUCAUAUAUCAUACAGCCAAAUAAAUCAUAUGCAUUUGAUGUAUUUUAUAUGCUUCCAGAUCAAACACGUGUAAAAAAUUUCAUUUUAUCUGUUUAUACUCAAGAUGGAAAAUACAUAAAACCAGAUCAAUACGAAUGGAUAGCCGAUUACGAUCCUAACACCAUGGAUAUUACUGAUAUAACCCAUUUACAUACAAUGGAUGUCAAAUGUUUUCGAUUUCCAGAUGAAGAAUUCUUUGACCCUAACCGUAUAUCAGUUGCCCACUUAACAGAUUUAUCAAAGGAUACAACAAAACACGUUACUUUUAGACUUGUUCCUGAGCAUUUAAGUUCUAUCGUUCAUGAUUGGUUUUCCGGGACACAAUUAACAGAUUCUUUAUACGACUACGCAUUAGCAUUCAAUCCAAACCUAAAAGGCAUAGAUUUUCGAUUGAGGGAUGAAGCUGGAACUGAAAUUCCAAGAAAUUGCCUGAUUUUAAAGGUGGAAUCGUUUUCUAACUCAAAAGAAGUAACUCUGAUUGUUGAUGAUGGAAGGGAAUUCAAUGGAAAAAGUUCAAAGUCAAAAUAA